AUGUUGAUUACAAUUUAUUGUGAUGGUUACUUUUAUAUUAUUUAUAGUUUUUACAGUUACUCCUGCACAAAUACAAGAUUUCAGGAAAUGGAAAUACUUUUAUUACGAAUCCAAAAGCUAAUUUUGAUUUUUGUUUGCUUAAUGUAUGUUCUUUUUAUUUAUAGAAUAUUGUUUUAUAUUGUAAUUCUAGUACAAUUCAUUAACUAUCCAGAAGCGUAAUCAAUUUUACUUUCAAUGUUAUCGUUUAUGUAUUUGAUUUACCUGGUCAAGUUCGAACCUUUACAAUCUCCAUUUGAAUUUUUUUAAAUAAUUUAUAGACCAUUGCUAAUUAUGAUAAUUACUUGCAAACGAAAUAGAAACGAUAAUUUGAAUAAUAAAAAGGAUACUAUACUAAUCAUUAAUAAGAAUUUAUAGUAUUUGAUUAUAAAAAAAAUGAAUAAUAUUUCUAUCUUUUUCUUAAUUGGUUUUAACAUCUUGAAUGCUGAAAGCUAAAUCUUAAUAUGA